AUGUUUUGGAUCUACAUCGGAGCCAGCGUGUUGACAAUUGUAUGUAUGGGGAUUGACCGGUACUUUGCCAUCAGACAUCCUAUGAUACACCGACGAAUCUUCACUGUUGGGAAGGUGAAAAUCCUUGUCGGACUUACAUGGCUGCUAGCGGCGGGUGUGAUGGUCCCUUUGGCCAUCGUACGUCAACUACGCGUACAUACCAUUGAAGCGUUCAGUCUAAAAUUUUGCACGGAACAGUGGCCGAGACAACAGGACCGACAGAUAUACGACAUCUUCUUAUUGUUUUUUAUCUACAUCAUUCCUGGGAGCAUGAUAGUGCUGUUGUACGCUCUAAUGGGAUGUAAACUGUGGCGGCGUGACGCCAGCCUUAAACGUCAGAAUUCCUGUAUGAAUAACGAGGCCAAGGUCAUGUUAAGCCGACGUCGCCUGGCGCUGAUGAUGAUAAUCAUUUCUGUGUUGUUUGCGGUGUGUUGGUUGCCGUACUAUAUCUUCAGCAUAUGUAUGGACUUUGAUCAGUCCAUGCAGUAUAAUCUAAUAACACUAUAUCCUUUCACCCUGUUGCUGGGCCAUACGAACAGUGCACAGAACCCUAUACUGUACUGCUUCAUGCAUAGAGGAUUUAAGACGUGUAUUUUGAGGAUUAUCAAGUGCCAGUGCAGCAGGAUUCGAUCCGAAAAACAGAAAGGAAUCGGUGUGUUAUGGAGGUGGGAAGCCAACGCCCGGAACAUGGUGAGGGUGAAGGCCGGACUGGACAUCGGUCAAGGCUUGGACACAAGUUCAGACUCUGACCUGCAUCGACUGUCACCUUUGGUCAUCGUUCUCUGA